AUGCAGCUGGUACUGAAAGCAAAUAGAAGCACUUCUAUCAGGUCCCUUGCUAUUUUGAAGCUUGAAACUUUACAGCUGUUCAGCACUUUGACACUGGACGAGUAUUCAUACUCUGCAGAGGACCAAGUCCCUGCACUUAAAAGUAAAGCUAUAUGGAUCAAAUUAGGUGACGACAACACAAAGUAUUUUCAUUCUGUAAUCAAGCAUAUGAGGCUGCAACAGGGCACUACUCAACUGAAGAAUUAUCAAGGGGCUUGGCAGACCGAUCCUACACAAAUAGCUAACAUAUUUGUUAAGUACUACACUGAGAUUUUGGGUAUGAAAACUUGUAGAAGGAGUAAAGAUUCAGUAAGGAUCAUUCAUAAUGGUCCCUGUUUGACUGUAGAUCAUCAGAUGGAGUUGUUGAGACCAUUUUCUGAGAAAGAGGUCAAGGAAGCAAUGUUCAAGAUAAAUAGCAACAAGAGCCCUAGGUCUGAUGGGUUUGGUAGUGGUUUCUACAAAGCAGCUUGGCUAAUUAUAGGAGACGAUAUCACAAGAGUUAUUAUGGAUUUUUUUCAGAAUGAGAGGUUAUUGAAAAAAUUGAAUGCCACCAUCAUUGCACUAAUACCUAAAGUGGAAAAUCCAGAAUUUGCAAGACAAAGAGGUUUACGGCAAGGUGACCCUGUUUCACCACUUCUGUUCGUACUUGUGAUGGAAUAUUUGUCUAGAACUUUGAAGACCAUGAGCAUGCUGCCUGAUUUUUGA